CCUGUCAGCGGUGAAAUACAGGAAUGGCUCCAGUACUCUGGUUGUCCGCGUGAGCUGACUAAAUGAAUUUAGUCAGCGGAGCUAGUCAGCAGAUGACUUUUUCAUCGCCGGAAUAUCGCUGAACGACCUCGCUGAACAAGCUAGACUCUGCCUUCUCUUAAUUAUGUCGGAGCCAUUCCUGUAUUUAGUCGCUUGUCUUAAUUAUGUCGGAGCCAUUCCUGUAUUUAGUCGCUUGUCUUCUUGUCCCGUUGGCUGCAAAACCAGCGGACCAUAUGAAACGGGGAAGACUUUCUUCCUUCAGGAUCAAUUGGAGAGUUACCAUUGGAAUUUUUUUAGCCUUCACGGUAGUUUCAGUGUACUAUCUAUCAACGCCGAGCGCAAUGGCAUUUCGUGGAUAUCUUGAAUGGGAAGGAAACGACAAUGGAAUAUUUUAUCGCGAAGAUGCACCCGCAAAUGGCGGACGUUUCACCGUGUUAUUUCUUCACGGACAAGCGUUUUCUUCGCAAACGUGGGACGAUCUUGGUACGUUAAAGUUCCUAUCCUCGCAUGAUUACAGAGUAGUGGCUGUUGAUUUGCCUGGUUUUGUGAAAUCUAAAGAUGCUGAACAGCCAAGAACUUCUGAAGGACGAAGUGUGUUCCUAAAAAAGUUUAUAGAGAAACUGAAAAUCGAUCGUCCUGUUCUGGUGUCACCCUCUAUGAGCGGGUCAUACGCUCUACCUUUUAUUUUCCAAGGUGAUCAAGGGAAACAUUUACGAGGAUAUGUUCCCGUGGCCCCAGUUGGUACCGAUAAAUACGAAGAAUCAGAUUACAAAAGCCUUCAACUACCCACUCUUAUUUUCUAUGGCGAAAAUGACUCGACUCUCGGAGUUUCGUCGCUGAGAAGGCUCCGAAAUAUUCCCGAUAGUGUUAUUCAUAUGAUGAAAGAUGCGGGACAUGCUUGCUAUAUGGCAAACCCGGAAGAAUUCCAUGAAAAGUUGCUCAGUUUUCUUAACAAGUUGUGAGAAUUGUUACUCAUGACAGGCCAAGUAGUUAAAAUAGAGCAUCUUUCUACUCGGACUUCCCCCCAGUACUUAAAUGAGCGGUUACAUGGAAUUUUGGCUGUUUGUGCAAUUAUUACCGGGUGAGCACCCACUAUAUUAUGCGGGGUUUCCUUACCCAAAUCCUUUUACUCCUAAGAUCUGAUUGUUGAUUCUCCCCACAAGCUCCUGCACAUUUCCUUGUGAACAAGUUACCAGAACUUGGUGUUAGAUCAAGAUAACAACAUGUACCUAAUAAGUUGAGUAUUCUCAUUACCUGUUUGCUGAAUGAUGUAUUAUUGACAAAUCAUUUAAUGAAAAGCUUCCAACUUAACCCUUUAAUCCUUAAGAGUGACCAGCAUCUAAUUUCUCCUUACAGUAUCACCCCUGAAUCAAACAUCAAGGUCAUGAGAUAAUGGAAAUGAUCAACAAAUAUAGGAGCUCUUGAUUGUUAAGCAAAAUCUCCUUGCUAACACCUUAGGAAAUGUAUAGAGGACAGUAUAGAGAAUGUGCAUGCUGACCUUAGGGUGUAAAGGGUUAACCCCCUAAAACCCCAAGAUCUGACUGUUAGUGUUAGUAUUCCCUUCAAGCUGCUACUUAUUUCCUUGAGAUUACAAUAGUCCAAAAAUUUGAGAUUAGAUUAAGAUAACAAACUCUACCUGUGAUAAAUUGGAGUGUUCUCAUGACCUGUUUGCUGAUUAAUCUUCUCCGAGAGUCCAACCCUUAAACUCGUAGAUCAAAUUUGUAAUCCUCCUUACUGUCAACCAUACAAUUUGUAUAAUGUUAGUUCAGAGAAUUUAGUAUUGGAUCAACUAAUUAUUGCCAAAUUGAUAUUUUUCUGUAUUCUCAUCACUUAUCUGGUUGAUAUUGUAUAGAUAUUGAAAGGAGAAAUUCUGUCUUGGUCACUCAUGGGAGUUAAAGGGUUAAGGGUGGAUGUGUGCUUGUGAAAGUAAGGCAUUGCAUCUUGACUUUUCAUGCUUUUGAUCCACUGAUGAGAUCAGAUUCAUAAUGUAGAUAGAUUUUUAACUUGUGCAACUAUAGAGCAAACCCAAAGCUUAUUAGAGGUAAUGUAUAAUGAAAGGGGGGAGGGGGGUGUUGUCCCAAGGACCCAAAAAUCAUAUUUAUUAGUCUCAACAUUUUUUAUCUAUUUAACCCUUUACACCCUAACAUCAGUAUGCAUAUUAUCCUCACUGUUCUCUAUACAUUGCUUAAGGUGCAUGCAAGCAGAAUUUAUCUAUCAAUCAAGAAUUCCUUAAGUUGGUGAUCAUUUCCUUUAUACUCUACACCUUCAUGUUUGAUUCAAGGGUGAAACUGUAAGGAGAAAUUAGAUGCUAGUAACUCUUAGGGGUGAAAGAGUCAAGAUGUAAAUAACAUUGUGUACAGGGGAAAAAAUAUGGAUAGGCUAACUUCUCUUUACAGACCUCUUUUAUUUGGUCACCUAGAGCUAUGACCAAAAGUUCUAUAUGUCUUGAGAAAAUUGGAAUAUAUUUUCUCUAACUCUUUUACUACCAAGAUUUAAGAAAUAAUUAUCUGUACCAUCCUCAUAUGUUGCUUAUGAUUCUAGUCCUGAGAAUUUGAUGUUAAAUCA